CCCUGUCGAACGGACUGGCAAUCUCCCCCUCCCUUUCCCUCGCCGUUAGGUACCACUCCUGAAGGCCUGAAGGCUCUCUCUCUCUCUCUCUGGGAUGAAGACUUUGGGGACCAAUUGCUGUCGACGUAUACGCGAUUCUGCCAGGCUAGGAUACACGGGCGCUACUUGCUACAUAUAUAUGAGUCCGAGGCUAUAUCACACGAGCCAAUAUUCAAUCCCAUCGAUCGAACUCACGUCCUUCCCCGCCGAACCAAGAGCUCGACAAUUACAGCACCGACGACCACAACAAUCAGUCCCAGCAACGCAUACAGACAGCGCCAACCCCACUUCAGUUCUAUGACACGCAGACGGUCGAUGAUCAUCUGGCGCUCUGCAUCGGUCUUCUCUGGUAGCCAGACGUAGGGAGAUUCGAUGUCGACUGCGGGUGCUCUCAACGGCGACACAAGAAUGGCGAUGCCAAGUAUCCAGAACGGCGGGAAAACUGCGCGGCGCCACGGUACAUAGCCAGCGUGAUAGGCUCUGGCGCUCGACGAGUGUAUCUAGGCGCAUCGACGUAUGGAGGAGGGACAUCGGACUGUCUCUCCUUGCAACAGCAAAAGAAGUCUUCGACCAGGGGACCGUUUCCGGAGAUACGAGAGGCAGGGAGCUGCUCGGGGUAGGUUCUCGAAGGGAGAGACAUGGUUGGACGAGACUAUUCGGGUGAAGAAUGCGGGGCUUGGGAGUGGAACGGGAAACGUGCCCCUUCUUAUGUCCCCGACGGUAUAAUUGAAUGACAAUCUAAUCGUCGUGGAGACAACGCAAACAUCGCUGGAUCACAAAGAACCCAGAGAUAGCUUCCACGAACACCAAUUGCUUUGUCUGUUCUUGUUUUGUCUGCUCCUCGUGGUUGAAAGAUGGAGCGGGGCGUCAAGUAGAAGGGUCAAUGAGACACAGGACCCGUCGGCUCACCGCAUAUGGAUUCAGAAAGGUUGAAAUAUACGAAAGCCGUCUACACGAGUCACA